AGCUUUCCUUCCUCUCCUCUGCCAUUUUGUUUUAUCAUUUUGCAGUCGUGUUAUUGACGUUAUUGUUCUGUGUUUUCGCUAUUAACGUGAUUUUCUGAUUUUAUUGCUGUUUGUGGUUGAUGCAGUUAAAUAAGUAGAAGAUGGCCAACCGAAGACCUCAGGGGGGCGGUCGCCGCAUGGACUACGGUCACAAUGAUCGCGGGAAGAGCUUCGGGCGUUCCGGAGUAUCGCCAUGGCAGGGCGGUGGGCCGAGCGGGUCCUUACCUAACCUUUUGCCGCUUUCCGGGGUCCCUACCGAAGCCACGCUGGCGUUAGCCAGCAAUAUCAUCAACUUGCUGCAACCGAGGCAGAACCCUGUCCCGUCUCUUCUCGACAUGCCAAUCAGACGGGACUUCGGACCGGACAUGGGCCGUUAUGACAGAGGUUAUGGUGGACCUAAUCGGAUGGGCAAUCAGGGUAAUUUCCGGCGUACGGGGAAUUACAACAGUCGCACGGGUGAGCGUAUCAACAUGAAUCGUAAGCCGUUCAGGCCCAAUGAUGGGCGCCACCACCACAAGAACUCCCCGAAAAAGGAAGCCGAUUCCAAGGCUAAACCUGUGAAGGAGAGUGAAGACAAAGACAAGGACUCGAAAGAUGAAGACUCCAAGAAGGAAACCCCGAAGACCCGCUAUGAUGACAUUGACGCCCAGUUGCUGCGGUGCCACAUCUGUCACAAGAGCAUGUGGGACGGCAGGAGUUUCGAGAACCAUCUGAGUGGCCGGGCCCAUGCCAUUAUGAUGCAGAAGACUGCGGAGAGCUAUGCGCUCACUGCUGAUACUAUGAGGCAAGAGUAUAAGAUCCGCGAGAUGAAACGCACUCGCAAAUCCGGACAGCAACCGGCCAGAGAUUUCUACUGCGCCAUGUGCGACAUGUACGCCGCGGACGGCGCCGUUCACCGCACCACUGUCGGCCACCGCAAGCUCAAGAAAUACCUGCACCCGACAUGCACGUGCUGCCACAAGGAGAUGCCGACUCGCAUCGAGUUGGACGAGCACCGUCUCAGCGCGGAGCACCUCCGCAACAUCCAUGACAAGAAUGAACUGGUCACCAAGCCCAAGCCGGAAGUGAUGGUGAUCUCGACGCUCACCAUGGAGCAGUCGUACCUGCGCGAGGACCGCGAGCGCCGCAAGCCGCAGGACGACAAGGAGAAGACCGUCGAGAAGGAAGGCAACGAGGACGGCAACGCCGAGGUGAAGACAGAGCCGGUAGAAGGCGAGGAGGCGAAGCCUGAGAAGGAAAGCUUGGAUAACGACAACACCAUCCUGGACUACAAGGAGGGUGAUGAUCUGUCCAACAUCACCCCCGAAAUGCUGCCCGCCUACAGCACCGAGCGUGGCGUAGGCGCCUCCUUCCUGCAACCCUUCCACUGCGUACAGUGCAAGCUGUGCCGUAAGCUCCUGGACGGUGAUGAGACCGCCGAAGUUCAUCUGAGGACCUGGAGGCAUCAUCAGCUCUUCACGCGUCUGCUGACCCAGCAGCAGGAGGCUAAACAGCAAGCAGCCGAAGUAGAAGCCGAGAAGGCCGAGCAAGAAUCCAGCAAGCGCACCGCCAAGGCCGAAGAGAGCGGCAACUGGAAGCGACGACGCACCUCCGAGAACGGCCACGAGGCCAACGGACACGAAGACGACGACGUCUGUAUGAAGGGUGAGUCUAGUCUAGAGUCUAACAAGCGACGCCGAGGCCGAAGAGAGCGGCAACUGGAAAGUCCAACAAGCGACGCCGAGGCCGAAGAGAGCGGCAACUGGAAGCGUCGACGCACCUCGGAGAACGGCCACGAGGCCAACGGACACGAAGACGACGACGUCUGUAUGAAGGACGAGGUGGACGGGGAAGUGGAAGGCGGAGCGGAGUUGCCACCGGAUGAUGCCCUGGAAGAUUGGGAGCAGAGCGUCGAUGAGAUUCUGCAGGACGAGCGGGAACAAAACGAAGAGGAAAAGAACGAGGAGGAAGACAAGGAGUCCCAGGAACAGGAGGAGUCCUCGGGCGCGCCCGCCGGGGAGGAGUCCCCCCCGCCCGCCCGCGCCCGCCGCGGCCGCUACUAGGCGGCCACACGCAUGAGUGUGGUGUUCCACCUGACCAAUGUCGUUGCCUCUCACUCUGUCAUUAACCAACAUGAGAGACAGACCACACGUUGGACAAAAAAAUCUCUUUUCCCUAUAAGUCUCAUUUAAAUGUAAGUCGCAUAUAUCAUUAUUCAUCUCGUUUAAAAACUACAGUCCGUCUUAGAAUAACGGAAAAAAGCAGCGUUCCUAGUUAAAAAUACAAACGUCAUUACUUAUACUUAUUGCUAAGUAAGUAUUGCUGCCUGUGCUAAAAAUGCAGUUGCAAUAUUGCCGUAAACGUUUUUUUUUAUCCAAUGUGUUAAAAAAACUGCAGCAUAUGUGCUUUAUAUAGUAGUGAAAUAAAAUAAUAUAAAUUUAAUAAAAGUGAGCGAUUGAAAUUCAAACACAUACAAAACUAAUAAACCUAUUAAGGUGCAGCGGUGACUAGAGUCACACACAACACAUAUUUUUCACUAUCUGGACAUUUAUGGCACUCUAGUUAAUAAUGUAAAACAUGGAAGAUAUUUCGAUUAGUUGAAGCAAUGAAGUGAACCCGCAGUCGAAAUGGCCCCGCUGCACCUUAGACAAAGUUACCGAAACUGAAAAUUUUGUUUCAUUAUCGGGUAGUUCGCCACUAACUAGCCACCUGUUAGUAGUUGGCCACCCUAAACUGAAAAUGAAUUCUAUUCACCUAUAAACAUAAUUCAUUUUAGUAUAAGGUGGCUAGUUAUUGAAGGGUGGCCAGUUAUCAAAACCUUAUACUAAAAUGAAUUCUGUUUAUAGGUAAAUAAAAUUCAUGUUUAGUUUAUGGUGGCCAGUUACUGGCGUAUUACCCUCCCACGUUUUUGAAAAAAAUCGUGCCUCAUAUUUUGACAGCAUUUGAUACAGUCAGUGUACCUUUGGUUUACCUGAAUUUAUUGAAAUCGCCCCGUUUUAGACUUACUGUAGGAUUUCGAUACCAUGACUUGCCUUUUUUAUGAAUGAAGAAUAUGUGUCCGUUAUUUUAAAAUAGUCGGAAAACAAUAAAUGUGACGUUCUCAAUCAAAAGGUACCACCUUGUCGCUUGCCAUAAGGACGUUCAGAGGUUAUUCGUAUAAAGAACAAGCAAAUUUUGUAUAUGUGUGUUUUUAUGUGAUCGACAAAGUGGUACCUUUUGAUUGAGAACGUCACAAAUAUAGUUUUUGAUUUAUUUUUUUAUAAUUUGAUUUAAAACAAGGAUAUAAUGAUUUCUCUUCCAUUUUACAAACAAUACGGGCGAUGUGGAUAAAUAAAAUAAUUUCUUUCGCUUUCACUGUUUUUAUUUAGUAGGUACUAUUGUAGUGCUUAGUGUUAAGGGAACUUCUUUCAUUGUGAACAUUGUUUAAUCUAAUACAUAACAAUUUGUCA